AUGAGCCUUCAUCUCCCUCCCGCCUCCUUCUCUUCAUCUUCUUCAUCUUCUUCAUCUUCGUCAUCUUCUUCAUCUUCUUCUUCUUCAUCUUCUUCAUCUUCUUCUUUUUCUUCGCCGUCCUCUCCUUCUUCUCCUUUUUCUCUUUCCUCUGCUCCUUCUCCCCCCUCUUCGUUGGCUGCCCUUAUCCCGCUCACUUCUUAUUCUUCUGCAGCUUCUUCUUACUUUCAAUUCAGCCACCAGCCCAUAUUGCCUCCAAGUGCGCAUCCUGCUGCUGCUGCUGUUUGUGCUGGUGCUGCUGCUCCCGUUUCUGCUGCUGCUGCUGCUGCUCCCCCUUCUGCUGCAGCUGCUGCUGCAGCACCGGAGCUGCAGCAGGAUGCGCCUAUCAUCAGGCCGUUGGGUGCUGCACAGCGGCACCGGAGGAGGCUGUCUUCGUCUCCACGUCAAAGCGUCUGCAGCAGCGGCGCGCACUGCAUCCCAAUGGUUGCUGCUCCUCCUCCUCCUGUUGCUGCUGCCCCCCAAAGCGCGAGCAGAUCCAUGAAGCAGCUGCCUCAGCAGCAGCAGCAGCAGCAGCAACAGAAAGCUCGUGUAGAGGAGCUGCGGGAGCAUGAGCAGCAGCAGCAGCAGCAGCAGAAGCAGCAGCAGAAGCAGAAGAAGCAGCAGCAGCAGGAGCGGGGAGCAUUAUGUGGUUUAUUUGGGGGGGCCCCAGGUAGCCUGAGUCUCCCCACAGAGGCCCUCGCUACGGUAUUAGUGUCUGCAGCAAGUGGGUGGAGUGUGGGGAGUGGUUGUUCGGGGGAUGAUGACUGGAAAGCUGCGGUGCGGGAGUUGAUCGUUCCCGCUGGGAUCGUCUCUGGGAUCGUUCAGAGCUGCUGCGCACUCCUAGGUGUGGGGAGACUAGCAGCACUCGUUCCUGCUGCAUCACGGGUUGGCUAUGUUGCUGCUGUUGCAGUCAUCAAUCUGCGAUCCCAGAUCCAGGCGUUCUAUCGCGAACUGGGAUCGGGAUCGGGAUCGGGAUCGGGAUCGGGGUGCUACAGGUCUAAUGACAUCUCUAUUAGCACGACGUAUGGGCUCUGA